AUGAACAAAAUUCCUUUUCCCAAAGUUCCUCAAACAUUGAAAAUUUACAAACCCAUCAGGCCGAGAACCCGAUUCUUAUUUACUGGACGAUGUGAAACUCAAAACUUUUCGAUUGCAUUGAUUUCUUCACAAGAAAUCGCCAUGUUCAUUGAGUUCAAUCUUGAAAAUACAAAAUUGGUCAGUGCUAAAUCGUUUUCAAGUAAAACGUGGUCAAGAGAGGUCCUUGCAAAAAAUCCGAUUCAACAAAAUGAUACGUUCUUCAUUCAAAUAAUCACUACAAAUGACCAUUUCGAGGUUUUCUCAGGAGGAACAUUCAUCUUCUCAUUAAAGUACACUGUCCCCUUAGAGAAGAUCACCGGAAUUCGGCUAAUGGAAUCGAUGGAAAUGUAUGAGUUUGAAAUGGAAAUGACUAUUGAGUAAAUCGUAUAUUCUGUAUAAAUAUUUUUUUGCAAUAAAUGGCAAUUUGAAAAUUAAAAGAAAACAAGUGAUAUGUGUCUUACAUAACAAUUUAAAAAAUAUUUAUAUAUAUAUUCUGAUUUCUGAUAAAUUCUGAUAAAUUUCUGAUUAAU